CAUCCUCUUUUGAUUUUUAAACUUGACUAGCGAAAACCAAGGUAUGAGAAUGCUGAAUCAUGGCAGGAAGUGAGAUGUGCCUCACUGUCUUUCAGUUUACGAACGUGUCUUGGGUAUUUAUGAGUAGAGAUGUAGGUAUAUGCCCAGGAAGGAGUGGGUUGGGAAGUGGUAGUUCACAGUCUCACGUCAGGAUUGCCUUCCAUGAAUGUGUGUGGUGCAGAGAAUUAGACAGGAUGCCAACAGAGUGUCUCUUAGAAGUUUUGUGUUUCACGUCUUUUAGUGACCCCCAAGUUCUUUAUCUAGGAAAGUGGAACUGUGGUAGAAAGUGGAACUGAGACAUCAGUUGACAUGAGAACUUAGAUGCUCUUCUUCCAUGAUGAACUCAUGAACUUUCUGAAUUCUGUGGACUGAAAUUUCAAGCAUUAUUUUUUGACUGCUACUCACUGCUGAAUGCUCAGUUGGUGAAGGUGAAAGACUUUCACUCAGAAGAAGUAAAUCAAGAAGAAGUAGGUAAUCAGGUGACAUCUGAAGGUGUGUUUGAGGUGGUGGACUACUGAGCAGAUCCUUGGUAAAUCUUCCAGGAUCCGAGCCCGUGUGCUGCCGAGCCGCUGUGGAUGGCCCCAGCCCUGCUGGCCGCCCUUCCUGGGAGGAUGUCGCUGAGGUCCCUCAAAUGGAGCCUCCUGCUGCUGUCGCUCCUGAGCUUCCUGGUCAUGUGGUACCUCAGCCUGCCCCACUACAAUGUGGUGGAGCGUGUGAACUGGAUGUACUUCUACGAGUACGAGCCCAUUUAUAGACAAGACUUCCGCUUCACGCUUCGAGAGCAUUCCAACUGCUCUCAUCAGAACCCAUUUCUUGUCAUCUUGGUGACCUCGCACCCCUCAGACGUGAAAGCCAGACAGGCCAUUAGAGUUACUUGGGGAGAAAAGAAGUCUUGGUGGGGAUAUGAGGUUCUUACAUUUUUCUUACUAGGCCAACAGGCUGAAAGGGAGGACAAAGUGUUAGCAUUGUCCUUAGAGGAUGAACACCUCCUUUAUGGUGACAUAAUACGACAAGAUUUUUUGGACACCUACAAUAACUUGACCUUAAAAACGAUUAUGGCAUUCAGGUGGGUCACUGAGUUUUGCCCCAAUGCCAAGUACAUCAUGAAGACAGACACUGAUGUUUUUAUCAAUACUGGCAAUUUAGUGAAGUAUCUUUUAAAUUUAAACCACUCAGAGAAGUUUUUCACAGGUUAUCCUCUAAUUGAUAAUUAUUCCUUUAGAGGAUUUUACCAAAAAAACCAUAUUUCAUACCAGGAGUAUCCCUUCAAGGUGUUUCCUCCCUACUGCAGUGGGUUGGGUUAUAUAAUGUCCAGAGAUUUGGUGCCAAGAAUCUACGAAAUGAUGAGUCACGUGAAACCCAUCAAGUUUGAAGAUGUGUAUGUUGGGAUUUGUUUGAAUUUAUUAAAAGUGGACAUUCACAUCCCAGAAGACACAAACCUUUUCUUUUUGUAUAGGAUCCAUCUGGAUGUCUGUCAGCUCAGACGUGUGAUUGCAGCCCAUGGCUUUUCUUCCAAGGAAAUUAUCACAUUUUGGCAGGUUAUGUUAAGGAACACCACAUGCCAUUAUUAAAAUGACAUUCUACCCAAAGCCAAGAGAAGGGUUUACUUUGUGGAAAGUGUUAAAGUUAGUACUGUGAAAUCUCCAGUGGAAAACUCAUGGGAAGGUCACCGUGUGGCUCACACAGAACUGAAGCUCGUGAAGGACCCAUAGCCUGGAGGGUUGCACUUGACCUGCGGUUUAUUUUGGCAACAAUCAAGUCAGGCCUUUUAAAGAUGAUAUUCAGAGGAAUUAAACAUCUUAUAAAGGAAUGAGAGGUUUUUGUUAAUAAAAGUAAUAAGACCAAACAAUUUGAACAUGUCAUUCUAUAGACUAGAACUUGUUAAAAGUGUUUCAUUAAAUUUUAAGCUCAUUCGUCCGUAACAACAAAGCAGUGUGGAAUACUAGUCCUUGAAUAGUCCAGUCAGUUCAGGGUUUUGUGUAUACGUUACAUGGAUGACCAGUUUUUUAAAAUACAUAGUUCUGUGUAAAACACUAUAAAGUCAUACCGAACAAAAUUUCAUCUGUUUUUGGUCAGAAAGUACUUCAAGAUGUUGCAGUAUCUCAGAAUUAGUUAAUAUUACUUCGAGUUUUGCACUUUCUGGGUAUUUGAAUGUUAUGGUUGUUUCAGUACUGUAUAAACAGAAUAGUGAAAGUCACAUUUUAUAUUUAAACUUUUUUCCAGUUACUUUGUUGAUGAGUUUUUUUUUUUUUUUUUUUGAUAGCUCCCUUAAUGUGAAGGCGUUGGUCAUUAUUGCGUACCAGUAAUUUGGACUUUGAUAAAUAUUUCAUCAUGGUAAUAUAGAGAAGAAUUAGAGCA